AUGAGCGAUCUCGUAUCGUCCACUGAGAAUCAGGCUACAGAAGACAGAGCAAACAUGACUGUAAAUACCAGCGUCAAGCAGAGAGGGUAUAGGGUACUUAUCCGCCUCUGAACGACUGCCCAAAAGAGCCUACAGGUAACCACAGGCCUAAGAGGAAUUUUUAUGAAUACAAAAUGUUUUUGCCUUUUUUUUCCUAGGUGGAAGGGUGACGCCAGUGGCCAUGAAGUCGGCUGUGAUAUUUUGUUGUGUUCUAGCACUGGUCUCGGUUGCAAAUAGUUUAAAGCACAAGACUGGUAAGGGAAUUUGUGCAAUGUUUAAAAUCUCGUCUGAACAUUGUUCAAAGAGCACGGUACUUCUAAGAUUUUUGAUCCAUACAUUUUAUAUUUUUUCCCCUCCAGGUCAUGGUGGUAGAAAGUCGGUAGUAGUUGUGAAUCCCGUCCAAAGUGAGUUACGUUACCCUUAAUGACACUUUUUUCUAAAUCAGUUAAAUAUUUGUACCCGCGAUAGCCCUUAGACCGGUAGCAGCCCUCUUUUUUCUUAUGAAUUUUUUUUGAUAAACGAGGCCGUGAACUGAUAAGAGAGGGCGAGGGGCUGAUGGUGGAAAGCGAAAAAAGGCCGCCAACCUCUCCCUUCUCGCCGAACUUCGUGCUCAAUCCAGCGUUAGCUUUUUUCCACAGUAUCCUGCACCUCAUCUGCCUACAAAUAGCUUUCUUGUAAAGUUUGUAGACAAUUGUCACUAAUCAAGACUGUAUGUUGUGAUUAUUAAGAUAAUACAAUGCUACUGGCUAGUAGUAAGGACGGAGAUUAUUGAUGGUAUUUGACCUAGGUAUAAGAGGUUUUUUCCUUGCGAGCGGGGAAUUCGUCGUGGUCGACCGCGGGCCGACUGAUCUCUUUAAAGAGUUGACUGAAACCAGAAACCAGGCAUGAAAGGUCUCAGAUACCCAGGGUCAUGUCAUUUAAGCUUUAGAAGCAAAAGGUUGACUGUCUUCAAAUAUUAUUUUCUAUCGUAGGAUCCGCCUGGGAGUGUCAUCCGGGUUGCAGGAGGUUCUGUCUUUCCUCCUGUAAAAGAAGCUGCUGUGCACCCGGGGCCCCGAAUUACACCCCGGACAUGUUUCCCCAACUUGUCAGUUACCAAGCCUCCCUACCCCCUCCUCCCCCUCCACCUCCGGCGUGCCCUACGGGUUGCCCAUCUACUUGUUAUCCUAGCUGCGACGCAGGAUGCUGUUUUCCCGUUAAUCAAGCUCCAGUUUAUCCUCAGUAUUCAGCUAACCCAUACAGUACUGGAUAUGGGGGAUAUCCCACUGAUCCCUGCGCCGCACAGGGUUGUUCUGCGGAGUGCGCUCCUCUUUGCAAGCCAGGUAAGCAUAGUUAAUAUUCUUCUUUUGCCCGCUGUGUUUCCCCUCUCAUCAGUAUAUCACGCUUUUUGCUGGCGAACCUUAUGCGAGCCAGCACACUAUUCUCUACAAUAGCGGGAAAAAGCCAAAAUUUGUCGGAUGUAUGAUCAGAAGCAAGUGCAGUCGAUUUGUUUUCUUAUUAUCGGGGGUAUUCACUCAUGUGCGAGAAUCAACAACAAAAUUUAAACUCAAGGCAAUUUUGGCAUCUAUGAGCUGCUAUUCUCUUACUUUUUGUUGAUUAGACUGUUGUCGCUCCCAAGCCUUGAAUUUGAGUAUUCGGCCAGUGUAUUUAGGCAGUAAAGCUUCUCCUGCUACUUCAACUUCUCCUAAGAAGGUCGCAGCCGAAAAGAAACCCCCGCCACCAAAGAAGAAACCUGCCGUAGACCUGAAGAAGCUUGCCGGAAAGACAAACUUUUUGUGUGUACGUCCGUGCCAAAAACUAUGCAAGCCUAUAUGCAAGUAAGUCAUGUACUCCCAAAGUAUAGGAGUAGAUCACAUGCACGCAGCACAAUGAAAUGAACAUUUUAAGGGAAAAUGUCUUAAAAUUUUAAAGAUACCUUUUUUGUGAAAGAUUAAUUGCGCUUAGGUACAAAAUUAUUCUACGACACGACUUUUUAACAUGCAGGUACUAUACUGUCUAAACUAGAAAAAUGUUAAGAUAAAUGUAGAAUCCAUGAUUAUUAUCAUCCUGUGAAUACUUCCCGCCUGUUCACUUCCUGUAGCUGGGGACCGCAAAAAGUCCCAAGCACAUGAGGGACAAAAACUAGGCAGCGUUAACUUUUGCAAGACGUCUGGGCUGUUACUAAGGACUACAUGGAGAAAAUGGGCCCCUAACUGACUGGCAAGUCCUGAGUAACCAUCCCAGAAACAAUUGCGGGACACAUUUCGGCUCCAGCCCCCUUCUCUUUUCUUAAGUGCACGAGGAGACAAUUAUCUGUAUUGGGCUAUCUCUAGGUGACGCAUUGACAUCUAGAAGAAUCAAAACUCGUAGAAAAUAAUUUGUUAACCGGAAAGCGAUGUCAGUGGUAGUAUUUUCAAAGAGUCAAAUUGAUGCAACCUAUUUCCCGGGGCAAUGGAAGGGGUAUACGAAAUCGGGCGCCGGUCCCUGGACAUCAUGCCUCUCGUUUUGUAAAGGAAUAUGCCAAAGGGACGAGGUUGAAAUUGAUGCAAGCGUAGACGUUACUUACACACGAAAAAACAAUAAGGGCGUAGGUGUUUUACCACUGCUGGUAACUUAUAGCCUGUCUCCUGUCACAGAUUUGAAUGCUGUUUGCCCACGUAUAAAUUCCAUGACUCUCACCCUGCCCCGAAAAAGCCUGCUAAAGAUCAUCAUGUCAAACCAGUCGCAUCACCUCAGAGGGUACCAGUCCCCAAACUGGCCUCUCCACCGGAGCCAACAGAAGGACCGGCGGCGCAGGACCUGCAACCACCUUCACCUUAUGCGGGUGGAUACCAAAAUCCGGAUCCAGCAGCAGCGAUGAUGGCAUCCCCUCCGGGUACAGUAGAACCAGGAGAGCCCCUGGUAUAACUUUGUAUUUUCACCUCCCACGGGAAACCAUAGAGAGGGUCCCAAAAUGGUGCUUUCUUUUCACCGCCUCAAAAUGUUUUUCGUACAGUUUCGAUGCUUUUUUUAUCGAGUUAUCUCGAAACUCGAAUUACGUUAACUUUUCAGAGUAUCUUUCCUACAGAUGCUUGAAGAAAGUCCAUAUUAGAUCAUUUUUAGAAAAACAGGGGCAAACAAUCAGAAGAAAAGUGGUGUACCAUGUGUACCAUCAAUCGGCCGCGCGACAACUUCGAGGAAUAUGGAUGGUUUAUUUAUAUUGAGUCAGAAUUAUAGAUAUUUUUGACAUCAAAGAAUUGAAAUGCGACUCACCUUUCUUACCCUUCCUCGACUUCUAAUCCUUACCUUAAAUUAACCAAUUCUCUGGAUUUGUCGAAAACUUGCAGGGACACUCUAAAUCGAGAGACAUGUUGUGUAGAUCUAACUUGAAAGCUCUGAAUGAUACUGUUUACUUUUCAGUAUUUUAUAAAAUUACAUUAUUUUGCGAUAUCUUUUCUUUAACGGCGAUUGUUGGCAUGCACAUUCUUCAGUCGUGACAGGACUACUCCUAGACUCAUUGCAUCACCUAAUUAACUAAGCUAACUGUAAACGGUCUCCUCCUUCAGAGCCAACAUGUCCAGGUGCCUGUCCGAUGUCGUGUGCUCCAUCUUGUGAUUUCUCCUGUUGUUCCUCUUACAUGACACCACAACCACAACCAGUUGCCCCAGUGCCUCCUCAGCAAGGCUUCCCUUAUGGAGCAGUGCCACCUAACCCUAUGGUGAGCAAUACUAACUAUAUGGUAAGUAAUACAANCAUGUUAGGUAGAUCUAACUUGAAAGCUCUGCAUGAUACUGUUUAGUUUUCAGUAUUUUAUAAAAUUACAUUAUUUUGCGAUAUCUUUUCUUUAACGGCGAUUGUUGGCAUGCACAUUCUUCAGUCGUGACAGGACUACUCCUAGACUCAUUGCAUCACCUAAUUAACUAAGCUAACUGUAAACGGUCUCCUCCUUCAGAGCCAACAUGUCCAGGUGCCUGUCCGAUGUCGUGUGCUCCAUCUUGUGAUUUCUCCUGUUGUUCCUCUUACAUGACACCACAACCACAACCAGUUGCCCCAGUGCCUCCUCAGCAAGGCUUCCCUUAUGGAGCAGUGCCACCUAACCCUAUGGUGAGCAAUACUAACUAUAUGGUAAGUAAUACAAAUCCUAUAGUAAGAAAUAUUAUUUCUAUGGUGAUCAACACUAAGCCUAUGGUGAGUAAUACUAAUCCCAUGGCAAGUAAUACUAAUCCCAUGGUAAUCAACACUAAGCCUAUGGUGAGUAAUAAUAAUCCCAUGGCAAGUAAUACUAACCCCAUGGUGAUCAAUAUCAAUCCUAUGGCAAGUAAUAUUAAUCCUACGGUGAUCAACACUGAUCCUAUGGUAAGUAAUACUACUCCCAUGGUGAUCAAAACCAAUCCUAUGGUAAGUAAUAAUAAUCAUGUGGUAAGUAAUACUAAUCCUACAGUAAAUAAUGCGAGGUUCCAUUUGCUGGCACAAAAUUAGUAACUCUUGACCAACGUUCAAGUGAUACUUGUAUGAAUUUGGUUUUAUAUUUCUACUUGCGUUGUACCUAUUUAUUCACUUCCGUGGGGAUGUUAGUUAAAUAUCUUCCAAACUUUAAUAUGUCCCUCUUUUUUGUAGGCUCCAAAUCCAGUCCCCCAGGCUCCACCCUCCCCAGGUCUCGCUCCUCUAAGUUGUCCUGGACAGUCGUGCCCAGACUCAUGCGCCCCACUGUGUUCGCCAAGCUGUUGCGCGGGAAUUAGCCGCAUGCUUCCAGCAAACUGGGACAAGAGAAACAACGUGCCUCGUGCGGCCUAA